CUGUGCCUCACGAGCGCCUGCAACUUUAGAGUAUCAGCUCGCUUACUUUUUUGUUUUGGCGGGCGGUAUAGCACUUUUCACUUUUCUGUUUCUUCUCCUCCUUCGACAGCAGGCUUCCUCCUUGCAAUCUUCCUGGCGAAGACAGUUUCUCUUCUUGCCAACUCGAACGCCGUGAGCCUCUCGGGCUCCUUUGAUCUUGUACGGCUUCGUUUUGGUUUUCACUGCUCGAUUUUCUCUUUCUCUUUGAAGAUGUCUAAAAAUAAGGCACUUCCCCCUUGGCCCCAAUAUCCUAAUAUCCCCAUAUAUCUCGACACGCCGGAUGGAAGAAGUGAACCAGUCUCUUUCAGAGGGUCCACCGGCGAGAUAUAUCAAGCUCCGGAAAUCAGCACAGCAGGACGGUCACCUCGAUACAUUGUGCUGGAAUCGCCUCUUCGAACGCCGAGUACUUUGGAAGUACCUACUCCAAUUCAACUAAGUCCUCAGUCACCGCAGCAGCCCCGUCGUCCUCCACUUCGAUAUUUCCUGGACAAGAAAGCACCGGCUCAGAGACGGAGUAAGCGUCAUUCUCGCAGACCGUCUCCGAGGUACUUGGCACCGGAAGAGUUUCCCACCAUCCAUCGGAGGGAUGAAGGCCUUUUUGGCCACGAGAGGAAGAGCAGUCUUGGCCUCGGUAUCAGCGACAUCUCCUCUGACACUACUCUAACGCCGGAGUCCCCAGUCACUGAAAGAGAAGAGCCCAACUUUGCACAACGUCUUGAGAAGAGAAUCUGGCGAUAUAACACUUCCGGAAAUGUUCUUAAGAGAUGGCUCCUUGAGAUCAUCAGCUGGCUCAUCAGCGCUAUAUGCAUGGGUGCCAUUGUGGGAGUUCUCAUAUACCUCAAAGAUCAAAGGCUGCCUCGGUGGCCGUAUGGGCUUACGCUGAAUGCCUACAUAGCGGUGGUGUCAAGAGUGGCCAGCGCGGCUCUCCUUUUGCCUACUACAGAAGCGCUGGGGCAGUUGAAAUGGAGCUGGUUCCUCGGAGAUUCGAAGCAAAUGUGGGACUUCGAGAUAUUCGACAAUGCCUCCAGAGGUCCAUGGGGCGCCAUUUUACUUCUUAUUCGUACUAAGGGCAGAUCGUUGGCUGCACUCGGUGCACUUGUCAUGUUGUUGUCCCUCGUCCUUGACCCGUUUUUUCAACAAGUCGUAGACUUUCCAGAGCGCUGGACUUUGGACGGUUGGAACAGUACCAUUCCGACUGUCGUUAACUACAAUCCGCCAUUUGAGGCCCUUUCCUCUAAUGGAAAUAAGCUCGCCGAUAAGGACCUAGAUAUCCAAUUUGUGGCGGAAAAAUUCCUGUUUGGAAACGGCACUCAACCAGUACCGUUCGGAAACGGUACCCGAGCAGAAAUACCGCUCUCCUGCCCCACUAGCAACUGCACUUGGCCUCAGUACGAAACCCUCGCGCUGUGCAGCUCCUGUGUGGAGAUCAAAGAUAUGCUUACAUUUGCUUGCCUUAACAGCAGAAUUGACUGGAUCGCGAACUUGACCGGGGCUUCCACGGAAGAUACGUAUCCAAAUGCUACCAGCUGUGGCUACUUUCUGAAUGCAACGAGCGAUCGGCCCGUCCUCAUGUCUGGAUACUUGCUAGAGGAUGUGGACUCAGUGGCUGGUCGAGCGCCCGCAGGUCACGCCCUGAUCGGACGUGCCCUGCCACUGGUUACUCACCCUGAAAAAAGACCAAUAUUUGGUGGAUCUGUUAGAUUCAAACAUAUCCGCAACACGAUUUUGGAUGUCCUGAUCGCUGGUUCUGUGGAUGCUGCUGGAGUUUAUCGAAACGAGACCCCCUUAUUUCAAGAAUGUGUGCUAUCAUUCUGUGUCAAGACCUUGAAAUCGUCUUACCAUUGGGCAAGCUACAGGGAAGAAGUUGUAGCAACGUACUUGAAUACUACUGAAGGGCCUUUUCCUUGGAGAACUAGGAAAAGACUCGGUGCCGAUGGCGUCAACGGGACGGUGGUGUCCUACAUCGAAAACAUAACCAUCCAAGCACCCUCCUCCAGAAAUAACGGCCAGAAUACCUUUUAUGGACUAUCAAAUAUGACGACAAUCCGCACAGUUAGUCUGUUCCAUGGCUCUUUCCCUUUCUUCACAACAGCGGACAAUGCUACGACCAGACCAGUGACACGAUUCAGAACUUUCCUGAAGGACGCGUUAACAGCGCAACUGGAAUUUAAUCCUUGGCUUCCUCCAAACAACGUUACGCAACACCUCAAUCGGUUAGCCGCAGCUUUGACUGACGCCAUUCGUUCCUCGGACAGCAAGGAAAUGUUAGAGGGUAUGACUUUCAGUACCGAGAUUUACGUAUCCGUCAGAUGGGUUUGGUUAGUUUUGCCAUUGGGACUCCUACUCAUGAGCUUCAUCUUCCUUCUGAGCACAAUUAUCAAGGCCUCAAUCGAGAGUGAGAGGGUUGGAGUGUGGAAAACAUCUGCAAUCGCUACAUUACUUUAUGGACUCCCAGAUGAUUUGCAGCAAAAGAUCAAGUCAUCCGCAGUGAAGGGAACCCCAAGGACCAAAGCCAAAGAGCUCAGAGUCAAAAAGCUCUCAAAGGGAUGGAGGGCUUCCGGCCUUUUCUCACCUCUUACACCAAAGGUCAGACAAGAUCGCCCGCCGCCUGGCUGGAUAUGACGAGUUGUCAAAAAUUCCAGACAAGAAAGAAAGUGUCGACAAACAAGUCCAAUUUCCAUCGCUUUGGCUGGAAAGGAUAACACCGAAUACGCCGGAAGUUGAACGAAUCAAAUGAGAUAUCAGAUUGAUAAACUGGAUAUAUGGAAGACUUCGCGACUAGAAA